AUGAAGUUCCCACAGAUACCGGGAACCUCAGCACUUCCUUACACAGUUCUACCUACCAUAUCAACAGAUGAACCUCUACCAGAAGCGCUGACUUCACCAAAACCUCCUAGUUCAGGCUCUAAAUCUAUAUUCGCAUUUUGGAACUCUGGUAUUCACAACUUACCUCCCAAUCUCCUACGCAAUGUCAUCGCUUGGUACCGUCGCUUCUCACCACUAGGAUGGGCCAUCUACGUACUUGACGUCGUGCCGGACUCUUCACUCAAUGUAGCCAACUACAUCGAUACCGAGUCGCCUUUAGUGGUACCAGCAGCGUUUACGCGCGGCACCCUGAACGGACACUAUGCUGCACAACACACCUCAGAUCUCAUCCGGUAUCCACUCCUGCUGAAGUACGGUGGCGUAUAUCUCGAUGUCGGUAUUCUGCAAUUUGGGGACCUGGACCAGCUAUGGACUAAACACAUUGUCAACCCGGACUCCCCAUACGAUUUCGCCGGUUUCACAAUGGGUUCAGAUCUGCAGAUCGUAAAUUUUGCGCUCAUGUGUGGUGCGAAUAACCCGCUCGUGCAACGCGCACAUCAUAUCCUACUUCAGGUCUGGAAAGGCAAGACAAACACGACUGAUGCGCACACCCACCCAAUGGUGUCACAUGUCCCUCUCAUGCGUGUGCCACAAGAAGUUAUUGUAGAAGAAGAAGGCCAAGAAAAGAUGAUCAUCAACGACGAAGCGAUGACCGACUACGCAGUCCAGAUUCAGUGCAUGCGAUCGGUGCAAGGUUGGGUUGAUGAAGGAGAUGGCUGGGAUGGACCAAAGUACGUCAGAGAAAAGUGCUGGCUGUUGAGCAUGAUGGACGGCGCUUUCGCACACGAGCAGAUGACGAGCUGGAGCGGACAACGACAAUUUGAUCUUCUAAGUCUUCCUUUACCCAAGCCAGGUGAGGUUGAGACCGACGAUCAAGCAUUUGCAAGGCGUAUCGUGGCGAAGUUGGUGGCUGAUAGCUGGUGUCUCAAACUUGGACACGGGUUCUCGGCAAAGCUUUUUGGCGGUGAUACGUUGGGCAUGCUUUGGAGGAAGCAUCCUGGCAGCGACUGUAGAGAUGGAACGUACGCUGGUUGGUUACGGUGGGCAGAAGUGAGUUGUUGUCGCGACGAGGAAGUUGUGCCUAUGGAUGUUCCAGUAUAUGAACCUACCAUGCGAGCGAAACUGUUAUCAUAA